AUGAGCCCGGUACAACCCACUGUCGAUGCCGCCGCGAAGAAGCGCAAGCGCACUCGCAAGGUCUACACGGACAAGAAGUUUGUCUGCAGCCAUGAGAGCUGCGGGAAAAGUUAUUCUCGUGCCGAGCAUCUCUACCGUCAUCAAUUGAACCACACUCCCAAGCAAAUCUACCGGUGUGAUUUCCCCGAUUGUUACCGGUCUUUUGUGCGUCAGGAUCUCUGCAUCCGCCAUCGGGAACGUCACACCACAAGAGGUUCCCAGUUGCAAAAACGCGAUCACUUUGCUCAGGCCGCUUCUCACCAUGGAAAGCCAUUGGUCCCUUCCAACGUCCCCUCUACCACUCCUCCUACCACACUGCCCUCCUCCAGCAUCCUGCCCGCUACAAGCAACCCACAAACACCAUCAACGGUGCCUCUGGGAACUUACCACUACAUGCCCGACUAUCCUUUCUCCCGGCCUCAGAGUUCGACCAACUACACCCUAGCUUCUCCUGCCGCUCAAUCCACUGCAUCUUUCCCUCCGUAUGGCCCGGUUAGUGACCGCUCGUCAUCCCAUACUCCCAUUAGCGAUCUGGGGCAGGAUCCCCAGCAGUUUGAAACUCCUGUGUCGACGACUACCACAUCACAAGCAAUCCCUACCUCGUACCAGCCUUUUUCGGCCCCCGAUAUGAACGCAACCUCCUUUAAUCCGACCACGACUUACGACUCCCAGCCGGGUAUGACCAUUCCCGUCACCUACUCUGAUCUCUCUCUGGCUACUGCCACCGCUCCAACACCGACCACCCUGAGUGGCCUCGAGUCCAGCGUGAUGGCUCCCGGGCCAACAGUAAGCGAUGCCGGUUUUGACCCCAUGUCUCCCUGUGCCUACCCCAUGUUUGGCGGCGAGACCUACAACCGGUCUCCGUUUGCCAUGGGGGAUGACUUUGCCGCAUGGCUGUUCAACGAGCCUGGUCAAAUGGCCACUCCUCCUCCAUCCACAACCUCACCGUCUCUGGGGGGCUUUGCGCCAUUGCCACCCCCCGUGGCCCCAACGCCAGCAACAACCGGGAUGAUGCCAGGAUACCUUGACACAAUGCAAAUGUCGAAUUCUUUUUUAGUGAACGACCCUGGCUGCCAGGGUUUUUUAGUCAACAACAUGCUGCCGACGCAGCAGCAUCCUAUGAGUGUCACCAGUAUUCUGGACACUGGGCCACCACAGGGUAUCCUAUCGGGGGAGAAACGUCAGGACUUGCUUCAGUUGAUGUCCAUCCGCUUCAACGAGGCAGCCUAUUCUGCGGCGGCCAAGCGUAAGGACUCGCUGAUGGAUGGUAACCUGGACGAUGAUCAGCAUGUCCUCAGCCCACGCAUGAUGCAGACAUACAUCGGGUCUUACUGGUACCAUUUCCACCCCCAGCUGCCCAUCCUGCAUCAGCCUACUUUUGCCACAGACGAGACGCCUAACCUGCUACUCCUAGCCAUCAUUGCCAUCGGGGCGGCCACGAUGGACAAAGUGCACGGGUCUGUGACUGAGGCGUCCGCGCAAUUGGCCGAUUUUAUUUCCUGGCACCUGCGAUGGGAGCUUUUCAUGGACGCUGACUUCCGUCCACCCGCGAAGCUCUGGAUCUUCCAGGCUUUGCUUUUGCUGGAAGUCUACGAGAAGCGGUUUUCUACCCGGGCUCUUCACGAGCGGGCUCACAUUCACCACGACACAACCUUGACUCUGAUGCGUCGCGGCAGCUCCCUUAUUGGAAAGGAUGCGUGUGGUAACAUGCACGAGGGCGGUCACUCACGAUCUGGGUCGACUUCGACGGUCGCUGAUGAGUCGUGGUCGAACUGGAUCAAGGCCGAAGGCACUCGACGGGUUGCAUUUGCUGCGUUUGUGCUGGACUCGACGCACGCAACCAUGUUCGGACAUUCGGUCAAGAUGGUUGCUCACGAGUUGCGACUGCCCUUGCCAUGCGAUGAGGCUCUCUGGUCAGCGAAUAGCUCUGCAGAAGUAGCCCGGAUGCAGUCCAGUCUGAAGGCCAACGGCGUCAGACCUGUCCUGUUCCUGGACGGGCUGAAGAAGACACUCAACGGUGAAUCUGUCCGGACCAACGCGUUUGGUCGAGCAAUCCUCAUGUCCGGACUUCUCAGCGUCAGUUGGCACAUGAACCAGCGGGAUCUGCAGGUCAGUUCCCUGGGAGUGCCGCACGCCCUAGGCGGCCGGGACAAAUGGCGCUCGUCGCUGGUGCGAGCAUUCGAUAACUGGCGGCGCGACUACGACGAAUCCCUUGGACAGGGCUCACUGUUCUCAUACAAUGCCCACCGUCUCGGCGCGGAGGACCCCGUGCUGGAUUCACGGGAUGCACUGCACGCCCUGGCACAUAUGGCCUCACACGUGGACAUUGUUGACUGCCAGAUCUUUGCAGGUGCUGGACGCCUCCUCGGCCGGUCCAUCACAGCGCGGGACCACAGCGCCGCGGGCGAAAAGAUGACAAGCUGGGCAGCCAAAGCUUCCGCACGGGAUGCAACAUUUUACGCUCUAAAGAUUCUUUCCAAGUGUCUCCUUCCCGAACAAACCUCGACCUUCUGGUCCAACGAGGUUACUUCCACAUAUUCCGCCCGCGACGACUACCUCCUCAACCGUCCUUGGGUGCUUUACAUGGCAGCCUUGGUGGUGUGGUCCUACGGCUACGCGCUGGACGGUCCGCUGGGACCAGUUUCACUGAGCACUAAAGCGGAGCAAGCAGCCGACAUGCACUCAUUCCUACGCCGGAUCGGUGGCGCGCGGGAUCCGAAUGAGCUGCAGCACAUGGGCGGACGGAACCAAUGUUUGGGACUGUUGAUGAUUCUGCGGGACAGUUUCGUGGACAGUCGGUGGGAGUUGAUCCAGGAGGCGGGAGAGCUGGUUGGGUGUUGUGUUGGAAAAUUGAGCAGUGUUUAA